AUGCUGAGUGAGUAUCCCGAAACCGAGCCGACGGUGGAAGCAUCCACCCAGGCAUCCACUCAAUCCCAAAAGAUUAUGACUAAGCAGUUCAAGCUUAUAUCUGUGAACCUUAAAGAGGCUGCGCUUGAUCUGCCGUCAUUCAGAGCAUCUGUGAACCACUUGGAUAUACAGGUUGAUAACGUUGAAAAAUGGCUUAGGGCUCUUGUUCUGCUGUGUCGAAAGCUUCCACUGUACCUUAAAGAACUUCAGUCUUUCUUCAAUUCGUUCCUUGAGCAUUUAGUUCCGACAUUUUUGCAAGAUGGGUUGAUCGAUCAGGAGUAUACAGUGCAAUCGCUUAGAACUUCACUUGAGGGUCUCAGACGGUUAUGGGGACUUGCCUUAUCUAUGUUGCAAGUUAAUCUUACCUCAAUUGAGAGUCUUAACAGCAUUAUGCAGAAAAGCAUCGCCCACUAUAAGGAAGUACGGCAACGCUUUGAGGUGAAUCAACACAAGUACGAACGUUACUUGGCAUUGUACGCAAGUACUUCAAAAACUAAAGAUGCGUCAAUGAUUGUUGAAGAUGCUCAGGAACUCUUCAAGGUCCGGAAAGCUUACAUUCAUGCAUCAUUGGAUUUGGUCAUUGAGAUUAACCAAUUGAGCAGUCAACUCGACCUGUACUUAGUUAAGAUGCUGACUAAUUUGUGGAAAACUAAGCGUCUGUUGUUUAGUGAUACAGUAAUGCCUGGUUAUCGUGAACUGUGGGACAAGAUUCAUCGAAUCCAAGCUUGGAGUCUGAUGUAUUCCGAAAGUUUGGGAAAAUUCAAACGAGACAUGUAUAUAAGUCGACAACAAGUUGAAGACCUGGCAAUUGCACAGUGCACACCGUCGCAAAAUCCCGAAGAUUAUCGUACUCUGACCAUCAAUAGACGAAUGCUUGCGAAUUCGAAUGAAACCGCUUUUGAAAAGCAUGGAUAUCUAUUCAUGAAAACAUGGUAUGAUAAUCUUUCUAAACCAGUAUGGGUGAGGCGAUGGUGCUUUUUCAAAGGAGGUGUGUUUGGAAUGCUUGUUCUUCUGCCUCAAGGAACUUAUGUUCAAGAAACUGACAAGAUCGGUAUACUUUUAUGCAACGCGAAAUAUUACCCCAAUGAGGAUCGUCGCUUUUGCUUUGAAUUGAAAACAAGUGGUAUGCUGAUCAUUCUCCAGGCAGAACUGUUGAGUGAUUUGAAGCUGUGGCUCAAAGUAUUUGAUAAUGAGCGACACCGUAUUGCACAGAACCCUUUAAAUGAUCAGCAUCUUUUGGACGUCGCUCUGGGUAGGUUUCCUCCUCUAGUUCUGGAAUUUGCGCUGACGCAACCCAGUGCCGUUGACCGACAACUCACCAGUCUUCGAUGUGUUGACGGAAGAGGUAAUGUUAUCACGUCCAACAAUUUGUCUAGUCACAUUUCGCAAAACGAAGAGUUGUUUGUUAAGCACAUUUACUACCAAAUCCCUACCAUAAGACCACCAUUCAUGACUGGGACCACAAAAACUCUGAUCAUUGCAUACCUUACAACUCCGGCGACCCCUUUGCCAUCUGCGCUCACGGCAAACAUUUGGGGCUCUGUAAAUUGGGGUGUGUAUUAUCUUCAUGAAAAUCUGGGAACUCACAGACUGACAGCAUUGCUGCCUUAUUCUACAAACGAUAUCACCGUCACACUGUCAAGUGAGGAACCUAUAGAAAAUGGUAAAUUACCAGGCAACACCUCGACGGAGGAGGAAGGCGGUAAUGGAAAGUCCGUUCAAAGAGGGAGCUACCCUGAGUACUACCCCGCGAGCUUGGUACCUGAGGAUAUCCAGUUGAGAGCGCUUUUCGAAACAGCUGUUGAGCCAAACGAAUAUUGUCUUCUUUCCUUUCGUUGCAUCUGGCUGCCAAAUUCACGUCAAGAUUUAAGUGGUCGGUGUUUCAUUACAAAGGAUCACGUAUACUUUUACAUGUUGGCGCUGGGAUUCGUUGCGCUUUUUAAGGACAAAGUAAACCGCUUGGUGUCAGUGGAUCAUGUUGCCCAAAAGAAUUUUGACUACUUAAAGAUUUACACCAUUGAUGGCAGCGUUAAAAUCAAACUCUUUUUGGAUGAUGGACGUGCCAUACAGAAAAAAAUCAUUCUGUUGAUAUCGAACGCCACAAGCAACAAGUCAAAAGGUAUCGAGAAACUACUCGAUGAAAUGAAAGAAAUUGAUAAGAACGCUAACGAUGAUCUUCAAGACUCAUACAAACUUCAUCUAAUUGCCCAACUUGCGAAGCUGGUAACUCAUCAAGAACGCGUUUAUAGCUUGUUGCAUUCAAAGGGGAGCAAUUUGCUAGCAGAAGCAGGUGCACCUACUCUGUCAGUGGUAGAAAAACCGGGGCUAAAGUCUCACGUUUUCCGCACCAACUUUCGAGACGAUUAUACCUACUCGAGUGUUGAUAUUUACAAUCUUAGCCCGAAAGCACUUUUUCACGCACUAUUGGGAGAUCAUCUGAUUGUGCUUCGAGAAACUCUGACCUUUUCGAAGGUUGAUUGUUUUCCUGUGCAACCAUGGCGUGUUGGGGUUCCACCGUAUCGACAAAAUAAUAGUACAGAUGCCAACUCUACCGAUAUGUGGAGGUGUUUCAACGUGGAAACACGCUAUAAUCACAAGUGCCAAGCUGUACAAGUGGAACAAGUCAUUGACAACAUGUAUGACGACGAGUACUACACUUUCACACACAGCAUGUCCUAUUUUGAAUUCUUCUUGGGAUCGCGGUUUUCCUUGGAUUAUAAAUUUGUCAUUGUGGGUGUUGCUGGCAAACGAUCUCAAGUUUACGUUUACUCACGGCGAAAUUUCACGUCGCGGUCCAUUUUCAGUUGGGGAAUUGAUAAGUUAUGCCACACUAUCAGCCUCACACAUGCCAGUGAGAUUCAUAAAGCUUUGCAUAAGGUAGUAAAAGAGGUUGGCCAUCACGGCAUGGUUGCCAAAGCAAUCUACUUUUAUGGGAAAUUGAGUAUCACAGACUUGCCAUACAAGCAGGAACCGAUUCCAACAAUAACUUACAGAUUUUUGGACGUAAACAGAGUCCUUCUCGAGCGCGUGUGCCUUAUUAUCCUUGGAGUGAUAGUGCUACUUGUAAGAGGUGUCAUCCGCUUUGCGAAAGCAACGAUCUCUUCCGUGACCAUGAACAAGCUUUUGAUUACUUUAUGUGCUGUGUCGAUGAUAUUCAAUUUGAUUCUUUCUAGCAGAAUGUCCAUCAAUUAUUGGGCUGUUAGAAAAGCUCUGGAUACAGCCGACAAAUUUGUCCACAGCAAGCCUAUCAACAUUCAGCGUUCUAUACAUAUGAAUGACGUGUAUGAGUUGCUUGACGUCAAUCUUGAUAAUGCAAACCUGCUGUCGGUGGCGGCAUUCAAGAAUGCUUCAUUCAUUUUGAAUUAUGAUCACUCGUCUAGUUGGUUGCAAACAUAUGGAGAUGAACAGACGUGUAAUACUGCAAAGAGAUUGGGUGGCAGUAUGUCUGAGAUCAACGUUCGCAGAAAUGAGCUUCUUACAGAACUCAAGAUCUUGAAUUCCAUGGAAAAGGAGCUCGUUGUGGCUGAGUUCAGAAAUUGGUUGACUAGUGAGUUGAGGAAAUGCUCCGUAGUGAAACGUAUCUCAUGGGAGGAUGUACAUGAUACUGAGAGGAAUUCUAAUUUGGACGAAAUUGCCGAGGGAGUUGAAAAUAUCGAAAAAUACUGUUCUGAUGUUGCCAAACAAAUUAAGAGAUUCAAUUACUGA